AUGUCUGAGGAAGAAAUUUAUCAGCUAAUUUCUACUACUUGUGCUGCCAUGUCACUUGAACACCCAGACUAUUCAAAGAUAGCAUCCAAUGCCCAAGUUGAAUUACUACAUAAAAGUACACCAGGUUUCAUAGAAGCAACAAAAACUUUAUACAAAAAUGGUCUUUUAAAUGAGAGUUAUUACAAUACAGUUAUAGAAAACCAGAAGUUUAUUGAAGAAACCAUUAAUUACCAAAAAGAUUUCAGAUUUGAUUUUUUUGGCAUAAGUACACUACAAAAGGCCUACUUAUUAAAAGAUUACAAAGUCACAAUAGAGAGACCUCAAGACCUAUUCAUGCGUGUUGCAAUUACAGUUUCUAACAAACCUACAGAACUAUUUAAUAAGGAAAAAACCAAAAAAACUUAUAACAUGAUAAGUGAUGGUUAUUAUACACAAGCAACUCCAACAUUAUUUAACAGUGGUCUAAAAGUUCAGCAAUUAUCUUCAUGUUUCUUAAUUGCAAACGAAUCAGACUCAAUAGAAGGCAUAUUCAAUACAAUCAAAGAUUGUGCACUAAUUUCCAAAACAGCUGGAGGGAUUGGGGUACAUUGCCACAAUAUUAGAGCGGCCAAAUCAAUAAUCAAAAGCACAAAUGGAGAAUCAGGCGGGCUUAUUCCAUUCCUAAAGAUAUUUAAUGAAACUGCAAGAUGUGUUGAUCAAGGUGGUGGGAAGAGAAAAGGAUCUUUUGUGAUAUACCUUGAGCCAUGGCAUGCAGACAUUGAAGCAUUUCUAGAGUUAAGGAAGAACAUUGGAGCCGAGGAAUUCCGUGCUCGUGAUCUAUUUUAUGCUCUAUGGGUUCCUGAUUUAUUCAUGCAAAGAGUUAUCAAUGAUGAAAAUUGGACACUUAUGAGUCCUGACACUGCUGAGGGGCUUUCUGAUGUUUAUGGUGAUGAAUUCAACAAAUUAUAUAAGAAGUAUGAGGAGGGGAAUAUUGGAACAAAGACAUUAUCUGCCCGCAAACUAUUUAGUGAAAUUGUUGAAGCUCAAAUUGAAGCUGGGCAACCAUAUUUUCUAUACAAAGACUCAAUAAACAGAAAGUCAAACCAAAAAAAUAUUGGUACAAUAAAGUCAUCCAAUUUAUGUGCAGAAAUUGUUGAGUAUUCUGAUGACAAGGAAACAGCUGUUUGUAAUUUAGCUUCAAUUUGUCUUCCAUCUUUUGUUAAUUCUGAAGGAAAAUUUGAUUAUAUCAAGCUUGAGGAGAUAGCAGAAUUAGCUCUUGAAAACACAGAUAAUUUAAUUGAUAUCAGCUACUACCCUACCAAAAAGACUGAGUACAGCAAUCUUAGACACAGACCAGCUGCAAUAGGGGUUCAAGGUUUAGCUGAUGUUUUUUUCAAAAUGAAAUUACCAUAUGAGUCUAAAGAAGCUGCCGAAGUAAAUAAGAAGAUAUUUUCUACCAUUUACUAUGGAACAAUUAAGAAAUCCAUGGAAUUAGCGAAAAAAUAUGGACCAUACCAAACUUAUAAGGGAUCUCCUUCUUCUGAGGGGAUAUUACAAUUUGAUAUGUGGAAUGUAGAGCCAAUAUCUGCUGACUCAUCUUUUGAUUGGAAAUGGCUAAAGGGAGAGAUUGCAAAACAUGGGCUCAGAAACAGCCUAACAACAGCAUGUAUGCCAACAGCUUCUACGAGCAUAAUUAUGAUGAACACAGAAUCUUUCCAGAUUCAAACCAGCAAUGUUUUUAAGCGUCAGACGCUUUCUGGAGAGUUUUUAUUAGUAAACAAGUAUUUAGUGAAUGAAUUAGAAAAGAUUAGUUUAUGGAAUAAAGAGAUAUAUGAAAGUAUAUUAUUCAACAAUGGGUCAAUACAAAACAUUGGAUCAAUACCUGAAGAAAUUAAGAAAAUUUAUAAAACUACAUGGGAAAUAUCUCAAAAGGUAGUAAUAGACAUGUCUGCGGAUCGUUCACCAUAUAUUGAUCAAACACAAUCUCUUAAUCUCUGGCUAGAAAAACCAACAUUCAAGCAAGUAUGUAGUAUGCAUAUGUACAGCUGGGAGAAAGGGCUAAAAACAGGGAUGUAUUACUUAAGGUCACGUCCAUCCAGUGAUGCAAUGAAAAUGACUGUUUCCAAAGAAAUUUUAAACAAGUAUGAGAAACAAGAGGAAUGUUUGGAUUGCCAAGCAUAA